CUUCCAAUUUACGGCGGAGCGGACGGUGGAGCGUGGAAAGAGAUGAGAAACACCAUACCUUGCUUUGUGGUUGAUACCACCGUGCUCCUUUGCAGUACACGUCUUUCUCCUUUUUUUUCUCCUAGCAUUGGUCGGCGAUGCGUCAAAUCCAAUACCUAUGACAGGUUCCCGUUAGCUCAUAAGAAUAUCUCGACCUUAUCCUCCAAGCUCCAGUUUGCAGAUGUCCGCUAUAGCUGCACGCUAACCCAAGAUUUCGACAGUCAUGCAUACCGGUCUCAUGGGCGAAAUCCCCUUCGUCGAGACUAUAGCACACAUGCCUCUUUGCAGAGGCAUAGGACAAUCAUAGCCCGGGCUCCUAGAUCCGUGCAAACUCACUAUUGCUCUUCUUAUAUAUCUCCCGACGGCGCGGGAAAAACUGCUAACAUGGCUGUGUCCUCGCAACAUCGCGCUUUCAUCGCCCUAGGUAGCAACAUGGGCGACCGGGUUGCCAUGAUAGAGCAGGCAUGCAUGGAAAUGGAGGCAAGAGGUAUAAGGAUCAUGAGGACGAGUUCUCUCUUCGAGACCGCACCCAUGUACGUGGCGAAUCAGGACCCUUUUAUCAAUGGGGUUUGUGAAGUUGAAACGAACAUGCAUCCAAUCGAGCUGCUUGAUACGCUGCAAUCGAUAGAAAUUGCGAUGGGAAGGAGGAAGAUCGUGGAUAAGGGUCCUCGAGUCAUAGACCUGGAUAUACUAUUGUACGGCGAGGAGGUAUUCUCGAAUGAACGGCUAAAUAUUCCCCAUAAGCUCAUGCUCGAACGUGAAUUCGUGCUACGGCCACUUUGCCAAUUGAUACCCGAAAGUAUACCACCCUCAAGCAAAGAUUCGAGUUGCUAUCAAAGCUACUUAGAUGCACUUCUACCUUCGGACCCUGCACCACAAGCAAUAACGCCAAUGCACACGAACAUGCCUCCGCUAAACCCCUCAAACCCCAAACGCCACACUCACAUCAUGGCCGUACUCAACGUCACCCCAGACUCCUUCUCAGACGGCGGCCUGCACUCAGCAGCAGACGCCUCCACGCUCACCCAAACCACCCGGUACUUCAUCAACAACGGCGCUACCAUAAUUGACAUCGGCGGCGAAAGCACCCGUCCCAGCUCCGACCCCACCACCGAACAGGAUGAACUCUCCCGGACCAUCCCCGCCAUCAAACUCAUCCGCUCCCUCCCCGAAGCUGAUCACAUCGCCAUCAGCAUCGACACCUACCGCGCUAGUGUUGCCCAAGCCGCUGUCGCCGCCGGAGCAGAUAUCAUCAACGAUAUCUCUGCCGGCCUCAUGGACCCCGAGAUGUUGCCCACGAUGGCCCGUUUGGGCAAAACCGUCAUCCUUUCACACAUGCGCGGCACCCCAAAGACCAUGACCAAACUCACCGACUACCCAUCAGGAGUCAUCGACGGCGUUAGCACCGAACUCGCCCAACGCAUCGCGGCCGCAGAGGCUGCGGGAGUCAGGCGCUGGCGCAUCAUCGCCGAUCCGGGUGUGGGUUUUGCGAAGAACCAAGCGCAGAAUCUCACUCUGCUUCGAAACAUGCAGUCCUUGCGUGGGUUCAGAGCGUUCAGUCACUUGCCGUGGUUGGUAGGCACAAGUCGGAAAGGAUUUGUUGGCCGAAUCACGCGCGUUGAGAAGGCGAGUGAGCGCGGGUGGGGCACGGGAGCCGCGGUUACAGCGGCGAUUGCUGGUGGCACGGAUAUCGUGCGGGUUCACGAUGUCAAGGAGAUGUGUCAAGUUGCGCGGAUGGCGGAUGCGAUUUAUCGGCAAGGAUUGGAUGCGUGA